AGAAGCAGUAUAGACGACAAACCGCGUUCCUUGUCACCACGCGAGCAAAUCUACAAUGUUCCAAAUAUUCUGACCGCGUCACGCCUGAUCGCUGCGCCGUUUGUUGGAUAUUUGGUGUUGCACGAACAGCACAAAUGGGCUCUUGCUCUUUUCGCAUAUGCAGGUAUCACCGAUCUGGUUGAUGGUUGGAUUGCACGCAAGUAUAAGCUGCAAACUGUUGUCGGCAGUGUCAUCGACCCUAUGGCCGACAAGUUUCUGAUGACCAUUUUGACCGUCACUUUGUCUGUGAAUGGGCUCUUGCCGGCAUCUCUAGCAACCCUCAUCCUGGGGCGCGAUGUAUCACUUGCAGUGGCUGCACUCUAUUGGAGAUAUGCAUCUCUGCCAGCGCCAAAGACUUUCAAGCGCUACUGGGACUUCUCAUUGCCAUCUGCUGAGGUGCACCCUACCACCAUGAGCAAGUACAACACCUUCCUCCAGCUGCUUCUCAUCGGCGCCACUCUGGCAUAUCCUGUCAUCACAGCAGACAACCACCAUUUGGGCAUUAUGCACGAUAUGGGCCUCGAAAAACUCAAUCUUGCCCAAUUCAUGACAUACUUCCAGAUUCUGGUGGCUGCAACCACAGCAUGGAGUGGACUCAGUUAUGCCUUCCUCAAGGAUGCAGUCAAGAUUCUAGGCAAGGACGAGCAGCUGAAGCUUAAGCAGGGAAGGAGAGGUAGGGCCAUCAUCGGCGUCACUUUUGGCAGCGUCGUUGUUGCGGCUGCAUACUUGGCUCUGACCAAGGAUCUACCAAAGAAGAAGGAGGAAGGAUCGAUUGCGUGA